AGUGAAAAAUACGCUAAAAUGGCAAAACCACCGGCAACAGGCACAAAAUCAUCAAAAAAAUCGGAAAAAUCAUCGGAAGAAUCGUCGUAUCGCUGGCUUGUGUUUAGCAUCGUGCUUGCAUUGACAAUUGCAACGAGAUUUUACAAAGUUACGGAACCCGAUCAUGUUUGUUGGGAUGAAACUCACUUUGGAAAAAUGGGCAGUUGGUACAUAAAUCGGACAUUUUUCUUCGAUGUUCAUCCGCCACUGGGAAAAAUGUUGAUUGGACUGUCGGGAUUGUUGACUGGAUACAAUGGAACUUAUCCGUUCGAGAAGCCGGGUGAUAAAUAUAAUGGCACGAAGUACGAAGGAAUGCGAAUCUUCUGCACAACUUUGGGUGCUUUGAUCAUUCCCAUGUCCUACGACAUUGUUUAUGAUUUGACACGGUCCGUUCAAGCUGCCGUAAUUGCUUCUUCGUACAUUUUGUUUGAUGUCGGCAUGCUAACUUUAAAUCAAUACAUUUUGCUGGAUCCCUUGCUUUUGUUUUUCAUGACGGCAUCAACGCUGGGCAUGGUGAAGGUAACGAAGCACACGGAAAACGGGAACUCGUUCACGGUCAAAUGGUGGCUGUGGCUCGUGUUCACCGGAACAAUGCUGGCAAGCACAAUUAGUGUCAAAUUUGUGGGACUUUUUGUGGUGCUGCUUGUCGGCUUGCACACCAUUAACGACUUGUGGAACGUUUUGAGUGACCUGAGUUUGCCCGUCAUGCAUACCGUGAAGCAACUUAUUGCGCGCGCCAUCACCUUGAUUCUUUGGCCGAUUUUUCUGUAUUUGCUCUUUUUCUACAUCCAUUUGGCAGUGCUGAAUCGCAGUGGGAACGGCGACGGAUUUUAUAGUUCGGCGUUUCAGUCGCAGCUGAUCGGAAAUUCGCUUCAUAAUGCCAGCAUGCCGCGCAAAAUGGCCUAUGGGGCGGUGGUGACGAUAAAAAAUCACAAAACGGGCGGCGGGUAUUUGCAUUCGCAUUUUCACUUGUACCCGAAAGGUGUGGGUGCCAGGCAACAACAAAUCACCACGUAUACGCACAAGGACGACAAUAAUAGAUGGCUUGUUAAGCCCUACAAUAAGGAUCCCGCUCAAGACACUGUGCAAAUAGUAAAGCAUGGUGAUUUAAUUCGCUUGGAACAUGUCCAAACACGUAGAAAUUUGCAUGCACAUAGGGAAGUGGCACCAUUAACCAAAAAACAUUUUCAAGUUACCGGAUAUGGUGAGAACGGCACCGGUGACGCAAACGAUAUUUGGAAAAUAAUGCUGGCGAACGGCAAGGAUGGCGACGAAGUUGAAACAGUCACGAGUAAAUUUACAUUAGUGCAUUACUUGCAAAGUUGCGCGUUGGUAGCGAGCGGUAAACAAUUACCAAAAUGGGGAUUUGAACAACAGGAGGUGUCGUGCAACCCAAAUAUACGUGACAAAAAUGCAUAUUGGAACAUCGAGGAUAACAUUUUCGAGAAACUUCCCAAUGUCAGUUUUCAACUUUAUGCUCCCGGAUUCUUCUCUCGUUUCCUGGAAUCGCAUGCCGUGAUGUUCCAAGGAAAUGCAGGUUUGAAGCCGAAAGAGGGGGAAGUGACUAGUAGACCAUGGCAGUGGCCUAUUAACUAUCGAGGUCAAUUUUUCUCCGGAAACUCCUACCGCGUUUAUUUACUCGGCAAUCCGAUCAUCUGGUGGAGCAAUUUAGUCUUCCUCGGACUAUUUCUCAUCACUUUCUUGAUUCAGGCAAUCCGAAUUCAACGAGGAUACAUUGAUCAAAGUGACAGUCGCACGAAUUGGAGAUCGAUUAAUGCUGGCGCUUGGCUUUUUGCGGGAUGGUUGUUGCAUUAUUUGCCGUUUUGGGCCAUGGGACGCGUACUUUACUUCCAUCAUUACUUCCCGGCAUUGAUUUACAACUCCAUGCUUACCGGUAUCAUGUUUGACUAUAUAAUGAAACGCUUACCAUUUGCUUGGUUAAAACACGUUUUGCUGGGAGCAACAAUUUCCAUCCUUGUGUACAGCUUUAAAUUAUUCUCACCACUGGCAUACGGAAUGCACGAUGGCCCCGCUACCGAACCGAAUUCAACGAUGCACUCGUUACUCUGGAUGAAAACAUGGGAAUUUUGA